AUGAAGUUCACUCUCCCUCUUCUCGCUCUCCUGGCCGGCUUUGCCGCUGCUAAGAUUGACGGCUCGUCGGUAAACGACAUCGACAAUAACGAACUCGGCGAGGGUGCACCCAACCACUGCCCGGUCGGCAGGCCCUGCAGCAGCGAUAGAGUAAGGGAUUCGCUAAUCGCAUGA